AUGAGCGGCGCCAAGCCCCGCACCGCGCCGCUUCUGCUGGCGUUAGCGGCUACCUUCCUACCCCAAGUUGAUCAUGUAGCGGGCGCUGGUGGCGGUGGUAUGUUUGGCGAUGUUAAUAUAUCGGCCAUUUUGGAUUCAUUUAGUAUUAGUUAUGACAAAAGAGUAAGACCCAACUAUGGAGGACCACCCGUGGAAGUGGGGGUUACCAUGUACGUGCUCUCCAUCAGCUCUCUGUCUGAAGUGAAAAUGGACUUCACGUUGGACUUUUACUUCAGACAGUUUUGGACCGAUCCGCGAUUGGCGUACAAAAAAAGGACAGGAGUUGAAACGUUGUCGGUUGGCUCCGAAUUCAUAAAGAACAUAUGGGUGCCCGACACAUUCUUUGUGAACGAAAAACAGUCUUAUUUCCAUAUAGCUACGACAAGUAACGAAUUUAUACGUAUACAUUACUCUGGCUCAAUAACUAGAAGUAUAAGAUUGACUAUUACUGCGUCUUGUCCAAUGAAUCUGCAAUACUUUCCAAUGGAUCGUCAAUUAUGCCAUAUAGAAAUAGAAAGUUUCGGCUACACCAUGCGGGACAUCCGAUACAAAUGGAACGAGGGGCCCAACUCUGUGGGUGUUUCCAGCGAGGUGUCGCUACCGCAGUUCAAAGUCCUGGGUCACCGCCAACGAGCUAUGGAGAUCUCCCUCACAACAGGAAAUUAUUCAAGAUUAGCAUGUGAAAUACAAUUUGUGCGCUCUAUGGGCUACUAUCUAAUCCAAAUUUACAUUCCAUCGGGACUCAUCGUGAUCAUAUCCUGGGUGUCGUUUUGGUUGAACCGUAACGCCACUCCGGCUCGAGUGGCUCUCGGCGUCACCACUGUGCUGACAAUGACAACGCUUAUGUCAUCGACGAACGCUGCCCUACCAAAAAUUUCAUACGUAAAAUCAAUUGACGUCUACUUAGGAACGUGUUUCGUAAUGGUCUUCGCGAGUCUUUUAGAAUACGCAACUGUCGGAUAUAUGGCUAAGAGAAUACAAAUGAGGAAACAGCGAUUUGUGGCUAUACAGAAAAUUGCCUCGGAGAAGAAACUUCCAGAAUGCCCUCCAGUCGGCGAUCCACACACUUUAUCGAAGAUGAAUACUUUAAGCAGAUGUCCUCCUAGCAGACCAUCUGAAGUCCGUUUUAAAGUUCACGAUCCGAAGGCGCAUUCCAAAGGCGGUACUUUGGAGAACACCAUUAACGGAGGAAGAGGGGGAGCAGACGAAGAAAAUCCAGGUCCCCAUCCAAUACAUCCAGGAAAGGAUAUUAGCAAACUACUGGGAAUGACGCCAUCAGACAUCGACAAAUAUUCCCGUAUAGUUUUCCCGGUUUGCUUCGUUUGUUUUAAUCUUAUGUAUUGGAUUAUAUACCUUCAUGUUUCGGACGUCGUGGCUAACGAUCUGGUUCUUCUGGAAGAAGAUAAAUAGAGGGCGUUAUGUAUUAUCCACUAAUUUUACAGGUAUAUCAAUAAGUAAAUUAAAACAUUUAAUUGUAUCGUAUUUAAAACAAAAUCGUGAAUAUGAAUUUAUAAUUUGGAACUGUUGUUUCGAUUCUAUCAAUGAUACUAAAUAUGUAUAAUAUCCAUUUUAUAAUUUUUAUGAGUAAAAGAUGUUUUAAUUUAUUAAAUAAAAAGUAAAAUUAGUGGAUUAGGGUAAAUAUCUGAUGCUCAAAUUUCUCUGCUUGUGUAAUUCAUAGUUAGUGUAAUUAAAUUUUUAAUAACCUUAUAGUGAUAAAUUUAGUGAUUCGUUUCUUUGCUAGAAUUACUGCUAUGACAAAAAUAGGUAUCAUUUAAAAGCUGUAGUGGCAAGUCGUAAUAAAGAUAUUUCUAACAGUA